AUGGAUGAUUUAUUACAUGAAGGAUUUCAUUUUGAUGUUGACACUUAUGCAACAUUGAUUAAUGUUCGCGUACAAAUUGAAUGUCAUGGACAACGAAAUUAUUCAGGAAGAGUGUACACGAUUGAUCCAUUGACACAAAGUAUCGUUCUCAUUGAUGACACAUCAAAUCGUGUUCAUAUCGUUCUUCGACCAGAUAUCAUUCAAUUGAAAGUUCUCGAUCGUAGUUCAUCUCUUCAAUCGUUCAAAGAUCCAUUUCAACCUUCGACAACCAUUCCAACAAAUGCUGGAGAAUCGGCAUCCACUCGUCUCGAAGAUCUUCGCCAGUUUCUGUCAUCCAAACGAAUUCCAUUUCAAGAAAAACAAGAAGACAAUCAGAGUAUUACUCUUGUGAUUCAAAACGGUAUUGUUCAAAUAAAUGCUCCAUAUACAUCACAAACCAUCAUUGGAACGAACGAAAUUGUUCUUUCGCGGAUGAAAUUUUUAUUGAAAUCGAUUCUUGACUAA